GCGUGGUUCUAAUUGGGCGUCGUGUGGACAAAUUCGCAGUUACCAGUGGUACAUGUAUUGAUAGACAAUGGCAAAUUUGUUAUGUCAAGACAUAGGACCAUGGUAUUUUCAAAAAAUGUAUGCAAGAUAUUGGAAACAUUACAAUGAAGCUAUGGAGUGGAUGUAUAGACAUAAAAACGCUUAUAGGAAAGCCAUGGAAUCAUUAUAUAAUCCAUCAUUUCAUCCUUCCAAACAACAUCAGCGUUAUUCUGACUGGGAUGAAGGUGUUCCAUGGAGAACUGGUCCAUCUUGCUUCUCCAUCUCAGACAGCAAACCAAGCUAUCCUCCAAGGCCUCAGGAUGGCCUGCAUUAUGUCAGAAGGAGGAGAGCAGCAGAGAGAGAUUCUGAAACAGAUUCAGAAUCUGAAGGUGAAGAGGACAUAGAGUGUGACCUCAGCAACAUGGAAAUCACAGAAGAGCUCCGUAACUAUUUUGAGCAGACUGAGCGACACCGGGAAGAACUACGGAAACAGAAACAGCUGGAGGCAGAACACCAAGAUAUAUAUGUGGAAGCUGACCAUGACCUUCACUUGUCCACAGGCCGGUCAGCGCAGCCCCCAGCUGAGAAGCCUGGCGAGAGAAGAAUGGCUGAAAUGAGAAAGCUCUAUGGUGUGGAUGCCAAGAAAAUCCAAGCAAUGGAGACCACCAUGCAACUCAAUUUUGAUAGGAAUUGUGAUAAAAAACAGCCCAAGUACUGGCCAAUUAUUUCUCUGAAACUCUGAGCUAUGCGUCUCUUUCCCUUUUUGGAGAUUCAGAGCUGUAUAUCUUGUUGUUCAACCAAGCAGAAGGAUUAAGGGAAUGAAUCAAGAGUCAGCAAAAGGCCUUUUUAAUUUUCCUUUCCCCUUUCCAGCACAACUUUGAAUUUGUCUGCCAAUUUCCAGAGUCUAUUCCAGCUCAACAGGAAAAGCUGAAUCGGUCAUUUGUACUACAGGGGAUAAGGAAAAUUCCCUUUUAAAGGGUAUUUCAACCAAUUUAAUUUUGGCAUGCCUUAGCCUUGCAGGAAAUGAAGUAACAUUUGUUUUUGUUCACUUGGGCUAGGGAAAAGGCUGAAGACUAUCAAAAUGCAAAGCCCUUUUUUAAAAAGUUUGUAGUGCUAUUCUAGUUUUGCUGUACAGUUUUAAAUGUAACUAUUUUUUGUAACAGUUUCUGUUCUUGGAGACAUCUAAAUUAGUUGGACAAAAUAUAAUAUCUCAAGCUACUGUAAUUUAGCUUUGUGAGUUUGUGCUGAGGGGUAUGUAGAAGUAGAGAAAGCUUCUCUUCCAAAAUGCAAAGUUGGGCUGUAAGGUUUCAAGUCAGAAGCAAGCAUUGUCUGCUUUCAUGGGACCACCAAACCAAACCAAAAAAAAAAAAAAAAAAUCAGAUUAAAAUACACAUUUUUGUUCAAAGUUGCCUUUAGCUGAUCAGGAUGGAAAAUAGCCUAAGCAUCAAACUUGGCAUUUAGGGAUUUAUUGGGGGGGAGGGGUUGUAAAUGUGCAUGCAAUUCCCAUCAAGAAUAUAGUGGAGCAAAGGCUUAAUCCUAAUCAUGCCACAUUCAUUUCCCCUCCAUGGGCACUGACUCUUUUUUCUCUUGUCCUACGUAGCUGUAGAAGUUCAAAAUCCAUUUUUAAAAAGAUGGUUCAAAGCUGACAUUCCUGUGAACUGAGAAAGAGGCACUCUUACAUAUGGAUAAAUAAAUUAACUGGCUGACA